AAUGCAAAGCGAUUGCAAAUCGGAGAAGAAAAUAAGAAUUUUUCAAAAAUUAUUUUCCCUCAUAAAAAUGUGUAAAAAAAUUUGCUAACUAUUGAAAAUUGUUGAAGUGAACUUAUUUGUAAUGAAUGCCAAUAUUUGUGAAGAAUAAAAUGCAGUGAAAGGUGUGAAAAAAAUGGAGUUAAGUUUUCUAGUUACGACGUCGAUGAAAAUUUUGCAAAUGAAAAAAAUGGGUAGUUGCGGUGGCGGUGUGUGUAAAUUGGAGUAAUUUAUGCGAUUUGUACACAUUUAAUAAAAAUUUACAAAAACUGAUAAACCAUUAUAUAAAGUUACUGCUUGUAAGUAGUCAAUACGUGUUACGAUUUUAUAAAUUUUUAACCGGCUGAGAAACGACGCACAUAUUUUCCAAGUGAAGUCAAGUGUGAAUUGUGAAAAGUUAAGUAGGAGAAGUGGCCAAAGGGGUGGAUGAAAGAUGGUCGUAUCCAAAGACUCUAAGCGGAAACGCAAAGAGUCACCGCCACCUCAACCGACGGCAGUGGAGUCGUCACCAGAAAUGCCUAAACGAACCAAAGUUCAAGCCCAACGAAAAUUUGCACAAGGUCAAAAUGCUCCCACGUCAUCAUACAGUGCAGUGAUUGCAGCUUCUUCUUCGUCAAAUACUGGUCCGAGCACAUCGUCUGAAAGCCGUGAACCACCAACAGAAAUUUUACCAAACAAGCGUCCGAAGACUGAAGAUUUUCUGACUUUCUUGUGUUUUCGUGGAACGCCCGCAUUACCAGCGCAUUUAGACUUCUUAAAUCAAGGCAAGACGAAAGAACCAGAGCGUCCUGUAAAGAUAACACCAGUUAAAAAUACCAAAGGUGGUAAAAAAGGCAAGAAAGGUCGACCCAAAGGUAGCACAACGAAGAAAGAAGAACCAAAAGCGUCGACAUCCAAAAAUGCCGCAACCACUCUUGCAGAGGCGCCCGAGAACAGUAACUCCAAGGCGGAUGAACCUUCCACAGAAGCUGCUACAAAACCAGAAGACAAUAUUGGGUCCGUCGAAAAUAAUAUUAUACCAUUUGCGGUGCGGAAGCGUGCAGAAGUAGUUCCUGUUGGUAAUCGACGAAGUCGUCCACCGGGCGAUCAACAGUCCAACAACAACACUGAAACUGAUAAGUGCAAUAAUACACCGGAUACAAAAAGACGUUCAAAUCGGGGUGGUGCAAAAGAUACACAACAAACCACGGAGCAUGAUAGUGAAGAAGAUGAAUUCUAUUCUGCAAAAGAUGAAGCUACGAAAAUUGAAGAUUCCGAAAAAGAAUUGUAUGUAGUGCGAAGAAGCGAUGCGAAGAAAUCAAAAACACCCACAAUACAGGAGCGUAAAUCAGAAACGCCUUCGAAGGAGAGUGAAACGGGACGUUCACGCAAGGGUAGACCUCCAUCAACAGCGAAAAAAGGUAAAGACGUUCCACCAGAGGAUGUCCAGUUGGAAUCAAAUUCCAAAGAAAUUAUAAAAAUAACACAAACAAAAGAUGAUAAGCCAAAAGCUAAAGAUAAAAUUCCGGUAAAACGGCCUAGACAGAAAGAGUCGCCAAUAUUUAUACCAUCGCCUGAGCCUUCAGGGCGUAUGACAAGGCAACGAGCCUUUUUUGAACCAGUGAAAGUAAUACACACCGAAGAAGCGGAUGACGACCAUGUUGUUGAGAAUAAUGUGAAAUUAGGAAAUGUCGAUAACAAGUCAGUUAAAGAUUCGAACAAAAAUUCUAAGAAGUCUAUACAAAAUGCAUCUGAAGAUGUGAAUACCGAAAAUAAAGAUAAAAUGAACGUUUUUGACUUUUCGUCCGAUGACGAACAACCCUUGGCAAAAGCUAUAAAACUCAAGAAGGGACCGAAGGUUUCGCCAAAGAAGGGCGGAGGUCGUGCUGGAAAGCUUGGUAAGAAAGCUACACCAAAAAAAGCAAACUCGGAACAAAAUCAAGAAAUGUUAGUGGCUGAAGCUGUAAAAACAAACGAAGAAAUCGAAUCAAGUCCUAUCGCCAAUGGCAAUGAAAAGGUAGCCGUGGAAGAAAAACCACAAGCGCCUCUAAAAGCUAAAGGCAGGGGUCGAGGGAGAAUAGCAAAAAAGAAAAUAGAAGACGAGGUCGAAAUAGAGAAAGAAACAAUACCACAAUCUCCGAAGAAGCAAUCGCCUGUGCGUCAAAUAACAAACAAGAAAUCAAAGUCAGACAUCUCGGCACUAAAUGGUGAAGAUGAAAAGGAGAGCAGUGGAAAUGCAAGAUUUCCACGACCAUCGCGAAAAACAAAAGAGGCAGCUGCAAUUUAUAUGGGCAUCAUAGGGCAUAAACUACAAUUAGCCGAAGAUGAAGAUGACGACUUAUCAUUGAAUAGUUUUCCAGAUCGGCCCAAUGUAAAGGAGAUGGAAAAAAUGGAGAACGAGUUAAAAAAGAAUGCCGCUACCGGCGCCAAUACUAAUGCAACCGGCAGUGCGGCGCCCCUUCCACCAAAGGAGGCGCCAAAGUCCACCAUAGUGGAACCAGUAGUUCCUGUGGAGAAACCAACGACCGGCAGACGCGGCCGUCCACCCAAACAACCCAAACAAGCGCCAGUCAAACGGGAAAUCGAAGGCAUGCUAGUUAAGAAAGGGGUCAUCACGAAAAUACCCACAACGGUAGAGAGCACCACGAGUAGUAAGCAAAAGUCGGACAUCAGUAAAGCAGAUACCGAUGAUGAAGAUUUUUUAUUGAAUAAAGAGUUAAAUGAAACCAAGCGCAAACUAGAGAAAAGUUUCAGUGAUUCUGAUGACGAGCCGCUGGCGAUAAAAGCAAAUAUCAAAUCAAAUGAUAAAGAUUCCGAACAUUCGGAUUCGAGAAAAUGUGACAGUACAACACAAAACUUCGUGCCACCGAAUCAAUUAAUGAUGUUACCAAUUACCACGAAACCAGUAACAACACCACCACUCAAUACCGCCACACCUGUGACGAGCGCUUCCCCGGUAACGGCAGCAGUAACACAAUGUGCGAUACCACAAGUACCAAGUCCAUUUAAGACAAUUGAAAAAAAAUCACCCAUACCAACAUCUAAAAUAUUAAAUGUGCCAGCGACUUAUGCAAUACCUUCGGUGACACCGCCAGCCGCAAAUGUGAAUAUCGCGCUAAAUGCCGGCUUCAACAAAACACCGACUUAUUUGCCACCAGCUUCACCACAUUAUCAUACGCAACAUGUACGCCCAGCGGCACAUCCAUUUCCCAACGCUAAGUCGCCCACAGCACCACCAACACCCACUAGCAAUGCUGCAUUGCCGCCACACUUGCAGGCCCCGUUACCGCCACAGUCACCGCUGAAGUACCCAGCCGCACCAACAACCUAUCCCCCACCCAUCGAAGCAUAUCCAUCACCGAAAAUAAAUCCGAAUUUUCUAACACCGAAAUUCGACCGCACCACUUUACCGCGCACCAACAACUUUCCAUCACCAUCUCCAGUGAAAUUUGAACUGUCAUCCGUUACUAAAGGCGGACUUGGAAAUUCCUCUUUGGCAACGAAAAUGAACAUGCCCGGCGCUGGCACCACCGUUGCUAUAACAGCAAGCACCAGUGUAACUACCUCGGCUAUAGCCGGUGCGACAGCUGCAUCCACCGAUCCCUUAAAAGAUGAAAUCGGCAGCAUACUCACAGCCAGUCUCAUGCCAAGCAAAGAGGAGUCCGGAAAAGUAUUUGGUAUAGCUAGCGUAAGUCUGGCGCAAAGUUCGGGUCCGGACAACACCAAGUGUACGCUGGGUAAGUGCGGUUCUAUACACAAACCAGUAUUGGGUCCCGUAGUGCCUACCGAGGGCUACAUCGGUGAUCAGCUAUCGAGCAAGGAACGCCGCAAAGCAAAAGUCAAUAUGACACACGAGCAAAUACAAAAGUGGCUAAUUGAAUGUUCGUCGAAUCCCGAUGAGAUACAAGAUGAUUUGGACGAUGAUUUCGAUGAUAAUUUGCGGCCAAAUCUCUUUGCCACCACGCCGCCACCGACACGCGAUGACAAGGAGAGCACAUCGUUUAGUUCGUCAUCGAAGGCCACACGUGAUCUGGGCAAAAGUGAAAGUGCCUGGUCGGCGAAGGGACCAUCUCUAAAGGCCACACCCGUUAUUGCAACGAGCAGCCGCAAAGACGAUGGUAAAAUGCUGGACACCGUUAGUCCAAUGGACGUUGUCACCGAAAACGAGCGUACAAGUGGCCAAGCAAUAAAUCUCACACAAAAGACUAGUGCCAAAACAAACAGCAAUGCGCACGUCAGAAGUGAGACACCAACACCAGUCAAAACCACACGCGCCGAGAAGGCCGAAAAGAAAACGGCAGCCGUUAAGAAACUCAAAGAAGAAAAGGCUACAAACGAAACGGCCAGCAAGGAUAAUAAACAGAGUAAAUACGAAAAAGAAAAGGAUACGCCAACAAGCUCCAGCGGGAACUCCAAGACAACUGCUGCUGGCAAGCAGGCACAAGCGCAAACGCCUACAACUAUUCAAGCACCCGCGUUGGAUACUACGCCGACGUCAAAACAAAGUCGUAAGAAGAACAGCACUACCAACGCAAUGGUGCCACCAACAGCGACAGACGAGAAGAACACGACGCCACUUAAGUCUGUUCUAAAUACUCCGUCGCUCAGCGCUUCCACCGCAGCAAAAACACCCAAACGAACGCCUGUCUACAAUCAGAAGAAUCAGCAAAAACAAAUUGAACUCAAAGAAACAACAACAACAAGUCACAAGAAGUGUGCGCCAUUUUCUUAUGGUGCAUUUUCGGCGGAUAACGAGAAGUCCAUAUAUUCCUUCGAUAAGGACGACGAUGAAGUCGAGGGCCAUAAGCUGCCACAAACAACGCCAGCAUUUAGACGACAGAGCGGACGCGACUCUCAAAAUGAGGAGUCCACACCAAACACACCGACAACAACAAGCAAAGCUUCGCCGGGUAAGAAACGCACGUCGACGGGUGCUGCAGUCGCAACACCAACAGCCUCCAGCGACAAGCCUAACAAGGACGUCGCUGGGAAGACGCAAAAUAGUUCCGUUUCCUUGACAUUAAGUCCGUCGGAGAAUUGUAAGCUCGUUAAAGUGAGUUUAGAUUCCGAGAAGCCUGGUGUUAGCAAUAAAGCUAACGCUGCGAAAUCUGCGAAAACCGCCAAGAAGCAGGAGACCGCAAAUAACGAUGCAGAUUCCGACGAGGAGGGCCACACAUUUUACAUACCACUACAAGGUAUUGGCGCCGGCGGUGAUGGCGAAGGUGGCAUACAAGGUGUUGCAGUGAAAUUGGGACGUGAGGGACCUGAUGGACCGAACCAAAAGGUUAUAAUGCAUGCCACCUUGGUGACAAAAGCGCAGAUGGGCUCCAAUUCUAAACCGCUGCCGGAGUCCAUGAACGUGGCGGAUAUUGUGAAAACUUUAAUACCAAGUACGCAAACAAUAUCGUCAGCUUUGGCGACAGCUGCAAAGAACACCGCCGAAGGUGACACAAAAAAGUCCGAGAAGGCGAACACAACACAACCAAACAGCUCCGAGGUGUCAACAACAAACGCCGAUAAAUCAUCUUCGAAUAGUUUGAAAAAUGUACCAAUUGGCACCGUACAGCCCAGAUUCAAAGCUGGCGCAGACGCGAACAACCAACCAUCCACAUCGGCAGCUGCGGCUAAUGCUGCCAAUACGUCAGUCGGCGGUCCGUUAGUGCGUGUGAACUCAAACUCUUCGCUUUUCUCAGGUUCGGCUAAAUCACGUAUGGGCGGGGCUGGUCCCGGUCCAAGCGGACAUGGCGCGAAUAAGAAAUUCAAAGAUGACACACCUAUUAAAAUGUCCAACAACACUGCAUUUCCGCGUCACGAUGACCCAACGCAAAUGGUGGAGGCGCCGAUCUUUCGUCCAACGGAAAAAGAGUUUGCCGAUCCCAUUGAUUUCAUUGAACGCAUCACACCCAUUGCUGCGCGUUUCGGUAUUUGUAAAAUAAUACCACCGGCCACGUUCAAGCCGGAGUGUCGCAUAUCGGACGAGAUGCGUUUCACAGCAUACAAUCAAUACGUACAUAAGAUGCUUCAUCGUUGGGGACCCAGCGCCAAGGAGCUAAGUGCAAUUAAAAAAUAUCUCGCCACACAGAGCAUUGUUAUGAAUCAUCCACCAUGGAUUGGCGGCAUGGAAGUUGAUCUGCCGCGUCUUUACCACACCGUUCAGGAGUUGGGCGGCUUGAAGGAGGUGAUUGAGAAGAAGAAAUGGGCGCGGGUAGCCGAAGAGAUGUGCAUUCCGAAGUUGGCACAAGAUCGUGUUACGAAACUUGAUGAUAUAUACUGCAAGUAUUUGCUACCUUACGAUACCUUAUCGCCAGCCGAACGCCAAAAGUUAUUCGACGAAGUCGAAGCGGAUUGGGCGAAACGUGAGGCGCGGGCACGACGUAAUGCCGAUCGUUUUGUGAAUACGGAGAGUGUGUCGAAUGAAGAAGACGAUGUUUCCUCAGAGGACGAUGAAGAAUCCGAAGAGGAAGUGGACGGUGUGUCAAUGGAGUGCAUUGUGAAAGGGCGCAGCAUGCCGCUUAGUCAAUUUUAUCGCAUUGCACGCAAUACAAUGGCGCUGUGGUUCAAGAAUACCGAACCGAUUGUCAAUGAGGUUGAGGCUGAGUUUUGGCGUCAUGUAGCCGUGCGUGACAGUCAUGUUUGUGUGCAUUCUGGUUCUAUAGAUUCCUCCGGUUGGGGUUAUGGUUUCCCCAGUCCGGGACCAAAAAGUAAAGGUUCAAAUUAUGCACGCCACCCGUGGAAUCUGAAAGUGCUAACGAAUAAUCCCGGAUCGGUAUUGCGCUCGCUUGGUCCUGUAAUGGGCGUAACAGUACCGACUCUGCAUGUAGGCAUGUUGUUCUCUGCGUGCUGCUGGUACCGCGAUCCACAUGGGCUCUCCUGGAUUGAAUAUUUACAUACAGGCGCCUCAAAACUGUGGUACGGCAUUCCAGAUGACCAGAGCGCCAAUUUCCGAUCAGCACUUACUUCGCUCAUUCCCACACACUGUCAAAAUAAGACAAUUUGGCUGCCUUGUGACACGGUUAUGGUUCCACCGCACAUGCUCACCGAUCGCGGCGUGUCGCUAUGUCGCAUCGAACAGAAACCGGGCGAGUUUAUUGUUGUGUUUCCACGUGCCUACACCUCGAGCUUGGCCACGGGCUAUGUGGUGUCCGAGAGUGUUUACUUCGCCACGACGUCUUGGCUGGAUUUGGCUAAAGAUGAUUUUAGAGACAUUCAUGAUAGCUGCGAACCUGCUAUGUUUUCCUUGGAGCAACUACUUUUCGCAUUGGGUUAUGAUCAGCGUGUGACUUCCGACACCCUCCAACAAAUGCUGCCCAUGCUGCAGGAAGUGUACGAGAAGGAGUUGGCCGCGCGAGAGCAGCUCAAGGCUGCUGGCGUUACGUCCACGGAAAAGGUGGGCAACGAGAAAGGUUCCAAGGCUAAAAAGCAGCAACCACCACAUAAAUCCAUUGAAAGUGAGUGCGACUUGUGUCGCGCUAAUUUGUAUAUAUCAAUGGUGAAGACGGAGGAAGGCAAUGUCUAUUGCUUGCAACAUGCUUUGAAGAAUUUAAAUAACGGCAAUAUACAGGCGAAACAGUGCAAACUCAUAUACGCUUACAAUGUGGAAGAUAUUGAAAGCUUAAUAAAAAAUCUCAAAGAUAAGAUUCAACAGAAGCGGCAUGCUGUUACGGGGAAAAAGUCCAAGUAGUAUC